AUGAAGACCUGGUUGAUGAACAUCCUGGUCGGUUUCCCGACGUUCCUUGCGUUCGGUUACUGCCUGACUUUCUUCGGUGGAAUUCUUUCUCUGCCCUCGAUCUACCUGCACUUCCCUCAGCUCGACACGACGACCACCAAGGGCGCUCUGAAAGACCACAACAGUCUGAUCCAGGGUACCGUCAAUGGCGCUUCGAACUUGGGUGGCAUCUGUGGCUCUUUGUUCUGCAUGUGGGCUGGCAACAAGUUCGGAAGGCGUUUGACCACCUUCGUUGGUGCUUUCAUCACGCUCAUCGGCACCGUCAUCUUCUGCACGUCGUUCAGCAUGGCCCAGAUGAUUGUCUCUCGUGUGGUUCAGGGAUGGGGCAUCGGUAUGAUGAUUUCCACUGUCCCUGUGUGGCAGAGCGAGUGCAGCAACACUAAGAACCGCUCCUCGCACGUUAUCGUCGACGGCAUCAUGGUGUCGGGCGGCUUCAUGCUCGCUGGAUGGAUCACCUACGGCUUCUGGACGACGCACUCUGAGGAGAGCUGGUCGUGGCGCAUCCCCGGAAUUUUCAUCGGCAUCUUCGCCCUCAUGGUCCUCUCCGGUGUCUACCUCUUCCCCGAGUCGCCCCGUUGGCUCGUCAUGAAGGGCCGCACCGAGGAGGCCGCUCUCAUCUUCGCCGACAUCCACAAGACCAGCGUCGACUCCGAGGUUGUUCAGCGUGACCUCUCCGCCGUCAUCCGUGCCAACGAGGCCUCGAAGCACACCAAGUGGACCGGUCUCUUCUCCUACCGCGAGAACAAGAUGCUCUGGCGCCUCUUCCUCACCGUCACUGUCCAGUUCUACACUCAGAUGAACGGAGCGGGUAUCAUUACGGCGUACUCGUCGCAGCUCUUCAGCACCAUUGGUCUUGGCCCCGACCUCGCGCACAUCAUCGCCGGUGUCUCGCUCACUUUCAAGCUCAUCAUGUGCUGCAUUCCCUACUUCGUCAUUGAGCGUUUCGGCCGCCGCAUGCUCUUCAUGGUCUCUGGCGCCGGCAUGGCCAUCUGCAUGUUCGUCCUUGCCAUCUGUGGCUCGCAGACGACUCCGACCCACCUCGCGCCCGCUUAUGUCGCGAUCGUCUUCGUCUUCCUCUUCCUCAUCUUCCUGCCCCUCGCGUACCUCGGCGUCAACUUCCUCUACUGCCAGGAGGUCAUCAGCACCCGCUACCGUGCCCCGGCAGGCGGCAUCUCCACUGCCGUCCUUUGGCUCACCCAGUUCGUUCUCGCUCUCACCACCCCUCUCGGUCUCCAGGUUCUCUCUUGGAGGUACUACCUCAUCUGGGGCUGUGUCUCGGCCACUAUCGUUCCCGCUGUCUACUUCUGGUACCCCGAGACUACCGGUCUCUCGAUGGAGGAGCUCGAGGACAUCUGGGCCGUCCCCGGCGGCGUCACCUCGGCCGUCCGCGAGGCUAAGCGUCUCCGCAGCCACAAGGAGAGCAAGGCUUUCGAGAGCGGCACCGCCACGCCUGUCGUUGUCGAGGAGAAGAUUGACACGGACUACGUCGAGAAGGCUUGA